AAUGUUUUGAGAAUGAUUCAAAUGUUAAUAUUUACAAAGUCUACUGCUUCAGUUUUUAUAACGGCAAUUUGCAUGUACUCCAGAAUGUUAUAAAGAGUGAUCAGCGUAACAGCAAUUAAUUGCAAAGUCAAUAUUUGCCUAGAAAAUAAACUUUAUCCCCCAAAACACAUUUCAACUUCAUUGCAGCCCUGCCUUAAAAGGACCAGCUAACAUUGUUUCAGUGAUUGCUCCAUUAACACAGGUGUGGGUGGUGAUGAGGACAGGGCUGGAGAUCAAUCUGUCAUGAUUAAGUAAGAAUGACACCACUGGACACUUUAAAAAGAGGCUGGUGCUUGGCAUCAUUGUUUCUCUUCUGUGAACCAUGGUUACCUCAAAAGAAACACGUGCAGUCAUCAUUGCACUGCACAAAAAUGGCCUAACAGGAAAGAAAAUCGCAGCUAGAAAGAUUGCACCUCAGUCAAUAAUCUAUCGCAUCAUCAAGAACUUCAAGAAGAGAGGUUCCAUUGUUGCCAAAAAGGCUCCAGGGCGCCCAAGAAAGACCAGCAAGCGCCAGGACCGUCUCUUAAAAGUGUUUCAGCUGCGGGAUCGGGCUACCAGCAGUGCAGAGCUUGCUCAGGAAUGGCAGCAGGCAGGUGUGAGUGCAUCUGCAUGCACUGUGAGGCGGAGACUCUUGGAGCAAGGCCUGGUCUCAAGGAGGGCAGCAAAGAAGCCACUUCUCUCCAGGAAAAACAUCAGGGACAGACUGAUAUUCUGCAAAAGGUACAGGAUUAUUUCCAAGGCAAUCCGUAUCGCAGCCACAAGGCUCUCCCAGCUGCUCAAAAGCCCCUCCAGUCCCAAAAGAACGUCUCCACGGUUCCCUUCAUGCCCUCCUCCCCCAGCAAACGGAUUGGAGGAAUGAAAGCUGGAACAUUUGAUGUAUAUCCCUCACAUUCUGCUGAUCCAUACGUCAUCCGCCGCUCCAAACCAGCCAAUCAAGAGCCAGUGUUUCGUCCUGCUCCUGGUCCCAAAAGCACGCCAGUCAAAAGCAUCAUCUCUGUUAAUGUUAACAGAAGAAUCAGCUCUGCAAACUAUAGGUACACUACCAUCCCAGCCGUGAUGAAAACCUGAACACACUGUUGGAGCUGUUGUUUUUUGUUCCAAUAAAUUAGCACCUUUACAAAACUAAAAGAAGAAAUACUGAGUGAUUUCAUUUUUCAAGUAAUAUGUAUUUCAAGUAAUAUUCUUACUCAUUAUUCUAUUAUUCUUUUGAAGUUGGAAUUAUAUUCAUCUCUGUCACAAAACUAAUUAUGAACUAAAAUAGACAUAAUAACUAGAAUUUAAUAAUCACCGGUCUUAUUCUUAUCAUAAAAUUUGUAUUUUAUUUUGAAAGACAGGUUGGGUUUCCUUUUAUUAGGAUAUGAUGCUUUCAACAAGCAAACAUGCUACAUGUUGCCAGACAACCCUAAUUUCUUACUCAAUAUGUCUUAAAGGAACAUUAAUUCUAAGGAUGCUGAGGAAAUUUAUUUUAUAUUUGUCAACAAACUGGGUUUUCUCUCCAUUAGCUCUUCAAAUGCUGAUGUAUUUUUUUUUUAUCAGAAAUCAUGAUUACAAUCAACUAAAUCUAUUAUCUAUUACUGUCUUACUUUAUAAUUUGUUAAUAAUUUGUACACUCCAACAUUUUCGGAAAGUCACAGACCUUAAGUGCAAAGGAAACAUGUAAAUAAGACAUGGAUUUUGGGAUUGUAGUUAUAAAGAAUAAAGACAAUUUAUUUUAUUUUUUUUCCUGUUAUUUGCACAUUUUCCUUUCUUCCUUUGAUUUUUCAUUGUGUGUGUGUGUGUGUGUGUGUGCAAGUCAGUUUCUCUGCUGUACACACAUUCAUGCACUAUGGAACACUACAGAGGUAAUGUGGUGUAUUUUCCCAAUUAGUGUUACCUGGGAACUCAGAUAUAUUAUACUAGUAUUCAUAUUUUAAAUGACAUUUGAACCUCCACUGCCUUCGUCAUGAUUCAAACUACAGUACAGAACUAGAAAAUUUCG